CCUAAGACGAGACCUACACUCUGUAGGAACGUGGUAAACACCAGUUGGUACAGUGAUCCUCCUUUAUUAUUAAGGACUCGUGGAUAACCAAGAGUGGCUUUUCUCGAGUUUUCGUGGGAACUGUCCGUUUGGGAAUCUACCUCCCGAUAGCAGGACAAGUUUAGGGAAAAAAAAGAAAAAAAAAAAACCGGAAAGAAAAAACAGGUGAAACCUACGUAAGGCUGGCUACAGCGGAGCACGCGGGAGACAGAACUUUCUGGGGGCAUCCUGCCCGCGCGUUUCACGCGUGGUGCGCGCAGGUGGCGCUGCGGUCCCUGCGCUCCGCGUGCAAGCCCACGAGGCGCCCGGGAGGCCACCCAGAGACUCCGCGAAGGGUGCGCCCUGAGGGCCCGGUAGCGUCGGAUCGCUGCGCUGCAAACCCGAUGAUGGAUGAGCCGUGGUGGGAAGGGCGCGUCGCCUCGGACGUCCACUGCACCCUGCGCGAGAAGGAGCUGAAGCUGCCCGCCUUCCGAGCCCACUCCCCACUCUUGAAGAGCCGCCGGUUCUUUGUCGACAUCUUGACCCUGCUGAGCAGCCACUGCCAGCUGUGCCCCGCAGCCCGGCACCUGGCCGUCUACCUGCUGGACCACUUCCUCGAUCGCUAUCACAUCACCACCUCCAAGCAGCUGUACGCCGUGGCGGUCUCCUGCCUCCUGCUCGCAAGUAAGUUUGAGGAUAGGGAAGACCACGUCCCCAAGCUGGAGCAGAUAAACAGUACGAGGGUCCUGAGCGGCCAGAACUUCACCCUCACCAAGAAGGAGCUGCUCAACACGGAGCUGCUGCUCCUGGAGGCCUUCAGUUGGAACCUCUGCCUGCCCACGCCUGCCCAUUUUCUGGACUACUACCUCCUGGCCUCCGUCAGCCAGAAGGAUCAACACUGCCACAGCUGGCCUGCCACCUGCCCCCACAAGACCAAAGAGUGCCUCAAGGAGUACGCCCACUACUUCCUAGAGGUCACCCUGCAAGAUCAUAUUUUCUAUAAAUUCCCGCCCUCUGUGGUUGCUGCGGCCUGCGUUGGGGCUGCCAGGAUCUGCCUUCAGCUUUCUCCCUACUGGACCAGAGACCUACAGAGGAUCUCAAAUUACACCCUAGAACAUCUCAGCACGUGCAUUGAAAUCCUCCUGGUAGCCUAUGACAACGUCUUCAAGGACGCUGUCGCAGUCAAGAGCCAGGCCUUGGCAGUGGUGCCCAGCACAGCCCCCGCCCCCACCCAAGUGCUGUUCCAGCCGCCCGCCUACCCCACCCUCAGCCAGCCAGCGACGCCGGGCCUGGCCUCGUUCCAGACCCCCGUGCAGGACCUCUGCUUGGCCUAUCGGGACUCGCUGCAGGCCCACCGCUCCGGGAGUCUGCUCUCUGGGGGAUCCGGCUCAUCCCUCCACACCCUGUACCCCACCCUCCAGCCCCUGGAUGUGUGCCCCGUGUCCCUCCCCGCGCCCCUCCGCGUGCAGAUGGCCAUCACAGCCGAGCCCAGGCACUGCCUCACCACCAGCUACGGAAGCAGCUACUUCAGCGGAAGCCAUGCGUUCCCCACAGGCUGUUUCGACAGAUAGGGCACCUUUGGUCCACACAGGGAGGCCUUGGAAACUCCCCUGGGCAGAAGAAGAGGA